AUGAAGAGAAUCCUUGUCUUUUGCGACGGAACCGGCCAAGAUGGCUUAAUCGUGCCAGACGGUCCCACCGAAUUCGAGAAAAUCCGAAAUGGGGGAAUCACUGGAGAAUUCAGUCAAGGCGCUCUCAAGACUCUGCACGUCGUGGCCAGCCAGCCAGAGCUGUAUCGCGACUCCGUGGAGCAGACUUUGACCGCCGUUUCGAAUAUCUUGCGGCUUUCCAGAGCAGUGAAGCAAGUUGCUGACGACGGCACAACGCGUCAGAUUGUCUACUAUCAAAGUGGCGUCGGCACGGAGGCUGACUUCAUGGGCGAUAUGGACUGGAAAACCUCCCCGCUCCAGCAGGCGUACGGCGUUAUCGUCGCUAGCAAGAUACGCAACACUUAUGCAUUCGUGGCACAGAAUUUUGAGGAGGGGGACGAGAUAUUCCUUUUUGGUUUCUCCAGAGGCGCGUACACAGCCCGCAAAGUCGCUGGCCUCAUUGAUAAGAUCGGUCUGCUGCAACCGGAGGAACUCGGAAUUUUCUUCAACAUUUGGAAAGAGCUCAUUGACAAGAAGUCAGUGACUCCUCCGUCGGGCACGCGUUUCCCAACCAUCAAAUGCCUUGGUGUAUUCGACACUGUGGGCUCGGUCAAGAAUACGAUCGAUGUACUCGAAAUCAAGGACAACAGUCUCCCUAACUGUGUGAACCUUGCGUUGCAUGCAGUUUCGCUGCACGAGAACCGUGAGAAGUUCCUUCCAACUCUCUUUAAUCCGGCGACACACGCUGACAAGCUCGUGGAGGUCUGGUUCCCUGGCGCCCACAGUGAUGUCGGGGGCUCAUACGACCGCCACGAGCUUGCAGACAUAUCGCUAUUCUGGAUGGCGGGGGAGAUUAAGAAGCGAUCACUGUUUGCUCUGGAUUACAAGUUUAUUGAACGAAGCAAGCAAAUGAACCCCGACGACUGGGGCACGUCGCAGCCACACAACGCAUGGUACGAAUCCUCGUACAUUGUGCGACAGGCAGUCGGCCAUAAAACCCGGCUGGAGAGCAGUCAGAUCAGUGACAAAAUCCAGUUCCACGAAAGCUGGAAACACUCCCCGCUGUUCCACGCGCUGCUGCACAGCAAGUACAUGAUUGCGCCAGACAAGCUGCCGUUUACAGUUACCAACUACGCGCCGAUGAAUCAAUUCGAGAUUGAUUGCAGGUCGCGGUGGAAGGAUAACAUCGGCGAUCCCCAGGCAGGCAUGAAGGACAACGUGGGCAUCCUCCUCCCGCGCACGGGUCUUGAAGCGCGCUUUGCGAUUCCUUAUAUAACGUUCACCAACAAAUCGACCCUGCCAGCUGCCCCACAAGGACUUUGGUAUGCCUGGCUUAGUGAUCCCAGCAAGACGGACUCGGACAACGCGCGUGUGCCAAUAUUCCUCUAUGAAGUUUACAUGUAUACCGUGCUGACCACUGACAACAACGAUGACGAGAUGGUGAUCAUCGCCUGGGAUGUCUCCAAGCACGAGAAGAAACGAGUAACAAAGUCGGGCGCGCGCUAUAUCUGGAAAAUCGACUAUGAUUCCGCUACAGAGAGCAUGAUCUUCAGCGGACAGAGCAAACGCACCGUCACGGCAACUUUAAAGGAGCUAAGCGUCGAGUAA